GAUAUUUACUAUGCAACUGCUAAGAUGACCAAUGGUCUUUAUAUCUUAGACUUAGACGCCACUGUUUAUAACGUAGAUGUUAAGAGAAGCAAACCAAACAGUUUGAAUCUCACAUACCUUUGGCAUUGUCGUUUGGGCCACAUUAACGAGAAACGCAUAUCUAAGUUACGUCACUCUGGCGUACUUGAUUCAUUUGACCUCGAGUCUUAUGAUACGCCUCAUGACGUCUGGUAAGCUGGAUUCCAAAUCUGACAGGUGUAAAUUUGUGGGAUACCCUAAGGAAACGAAAGGGUAUGAGUUCUAUCAUCCGACCGAUAACAAAAUCUUUGUUGCUCGGAAUGGAACCUUCCUUGAGAAGGAGUUUCUCUCUACUGUUUCUAGUGGGAGAAAGGUAGACCUCGAAGAAAUUCGAGAACCACAAGAAGAGAUCUCAAUAGCAGUGGAACCCGAGCGUCAAGAUUUAGUAUCUCGACCAGCUCAGACUUGGUUGAGCGAGAACUUCGCCAUGAAGGACUUGGGGAAUGCUAGUUAUGCCCUUGGCAUAAGAAUCUACCGUGAUAG